ACAAAGAUUUAUGCUCUUUGAUUUCGAUGAAUAUUUUAUUUUUAAAUUUUCGCAGUAUCGCCAUUUUAAAUAGUUAUAUUUCGACGAUCGAAGAAUUGGUUAAUUAACAGAUAAAUUAACCGGUAAAAUGAUUACAAACAAAAAUAUCGAAAUUAAUAUUACUAAAGAAACAAUUAUGUCUCUAAAUAAGGAUAAUGAAUUCACAAGUGCAGAAGAAACUGUAAAAGUAAAUACAACAAAUACAAAAGAACCACAUUCUAUAAAAUCCGAAGAAAAAAAUGAAUCUACCAGAAAGAGAACACGAAAUCAUAGUUCAGAUUCUAACGGAACGAGAGUUUCGCGUAGCAGAAUCAAUAGUGAAUCUAGUAACACAUCUAGCGAAAAACGAAAAAUCGAAUAUGAGACAGAUCCUACAGUAUUAUUACGGAGACAAAAAGAAAUUGAUUAUGGAAAAAAUACCAUAGGCUAUGAUAGAUACAUACAGAUGGUUCCCAAAGACCAAAGAACUAAAGAUCAUCCUAAGACACCACCAAAACAUGCAAAAUAUAGUAGAAGAGCGUGGGACGGCAUGGUAAAACUUUGGCGUAAACAAUUACACAGUUGGGAUCCACCAAAUGAAAAUAAUGUUAACAUCAACCAAUCUACUCAAGAUUGAUUGUAAACCAUUUAUCAAUUUUCAGUAACAUAUUUAA